UCUUAAAAAAUCUUCUUAUUCAUUCUGAUCAAGUGAAAAACUUAGGAAUCACAUGUGCAACAAUUUAUAAUUUAUCCUAAGUUUACAUCAUAUAUUAAUGCUCUAGAUCAUGUUCAUUGAGCAAGCUCGAGUCAUUAAUAAUCGAGGAUAAUAUAUCAAAAUUUUCAAAAUGACUUAAGUAUGAUUGUUGACGUACUUUGACUUCAUUUUCCAGGAUGAGAAUGACAUGUGUGAAGGUUAGAAAUCUUUGUUGAGGAUGUACGUUAAGGAUCACGUUUCGUCAACCCCUGACCCUGCAAUAAUUAAAUAAGGGUUGGAAAUUGUUGUUUAAAAUGUCUUGAGAGACAAUCUAUCAUUGUGUUACUUCAUAUAUAUAUGGUGACUUCUACGGUGCCCAGGGCAAAAUCCGGGUACGGGUACCUUGGCCGAUCUUAACCAUUCGUUUUCAAUCUCCACGGCUCACGUUUGUUAAACCUUCCUGCGCACUAAAUAACUAAACAAAUUACAAAAAGGCUCUUGCCGCGUUAAGUUUUUUUUCAUCCUAGUCCAACUAACUGACCCGAUUAAAUUAAAUUGAUUAAGACUGCAAACCCAAUUGGGUAGACCCACUGCCGCCCUAACCAAUUUCCAGUCUCCCUAACCAAUUACACGAUCCCUCUCUCGUCUUGGAGGGACACCCCUUCACAGUUCCAAGAGACGCUCCCCAUCCAAUUUGAACUCCCCAACUUAAUCAUCUUUUUGAAUCCCAAUUACUUGCAUCCACAUUCGACGUAGAUUGAAUUUCCCAAUUUAUUUUGUCUUGUUUCUUCUUUGCCAUUUUAUUUCCCCUCGCCUAUCUCUUUCUAACACGAUUACGGCGACCAUGUCUAUUAUUUUGUUCAUCAAACUUUUCAUUUGCAAAAGAACCCUUGAAAGAGGUUUGCUAACCCUAGGGUUCAUGUCGCUAGUGCUUUGUCAUCUUGUCUUAGCGUUAUUGUGAUUUUCUCGAACCUUAUAUCUCUCGGUGAAAUUUAGGUUUCCUGAUAUGUAGUGUUCGUCUCGCCCAGAGGAUUGAGGAAGAAGAUGAAGAACACAUAAUUUGAUUCGAAUCGGAUGGAGAGGUCUCCUUAGUUUGUGUUUAUGUAUUAACGGUGCGUUUAGGAGUAAUUCUAGUUGGACUAGGUCUGAUCAUUGAUUUUUGCAGGCUUUUAAAUAAGAUUCAAACGUGGGCUUGUACAUGACCCAUGCAAUAUUCAAAAGUGGGCCUGGAACGUGCGAGCCCAUUUUUUUUCUCCUGCAGUAUCAAUUCGUGCGCCAACCCUAGUUUAACUAGCUUUACUUACCCUAGUUUAAGCUACACGAGUUAACAUCAUCAUUACUACAUAUCUUCCGAAAUCUUCUAACUCUUGACAUUCCAGACUCAACCGUCUCCAUCACACUCACGUCUCCACACUCAACCCCCACGAUCACUUUUUCUUACACCUACAUUCUCUCUUUCCUUCAUCUUCACCUUCCCUUGUUCCUUCUUCCUCUGACUCCAUGGCAAACAAAGGUAAAUCUUUUGCGGAAAUGGGGAUACUAUCUCUUUCAAACGAAGACUGCCGAUCCACCGCAAGUCUCGGGGACUAUCUUUCAUUCACAAGGAAGACAUCAAUUGUGGCCGAGUACGAGUUCAUCCACCUGAGUCCUUUCCCUGCAGAAGUGAAGAAGUUAAUUAAAAAUCUUGGCUGGGAAAAGUUCUUUGAUCUCCGGAGUCGAGGAAGCACCAGUUACUGCCCGCAUGUGGUGAGGAAGUUCUACCACAAUUUAGAGCUGUCUGGUCCCUGCGAUUCUCAUCUCGUGUCGAUCUUCCUGGGUCAUAGAGUCUGCUUCCAGCCUCAUCAAUUUGCUGAGAUCCUCGAUCUCCCCGCCGCAGGACACCCCAUUGAUAGCAGAAGCGAUCUUGGGCGGCUGUACGAUUUUGAGUUUGAAGUUGAACUGGCAAAACUGACGAAGGGGCGCAUCCAGGCUUCUUUCCUCCCAGAUCCUCUUCGAUUCCUCCACUGGAUGAUCGUCAACUGCUUCAUGCCAAGGUACCGUGGUCAUUUGAUUAUUCGUAAACUUGACCUGUUUAUCCUUGUGCAAGCUCAAAGAGGUGUUCCUGUUAACCUCGCAUCUCUCAUGUGCCUGAACAUGGUUGAGGCUGCUCCUAGAGGGGAAAACUGGUACACUGCCUUUCCAUAUGCCACCUUCUUGACCACCUUUCUUGAAAGGGUUGGGAUGGAUAUGGGGGUUUAUGCUAAGGAGGACCAGUGCGCCUAUUUGCCAGUCUACCAUAUCGUCGAAUUGACCAAUACUUUUAUUGACCUUCGGCAUACGGAGCAUGAAGAGACCCCUGAGGCAUCCUCAAGCAAACGUCCUCGGCUUACAUGAGAGUCGAUUGAUGCAGGGCGGGGUGGAGCGUUGGAGCAGCAAAGGGGCCAGCAUUGGAUGUCUUUUGUUAAUAAGUUUACUCAGGCUUUGUUGGUUUUUUUUUCCAGUCUUAUUCUCCAGCACUCAAAACUGUCAGGUACUGAGGGGAGCCAGUACAUCAUCUGACUAGGAAAGUCUCCCAUUUUUUUAAUUAUCCAGACAAAUAUUUUUCUAUGCAUGCAGUAUUUUGUGAAUUUGCCAUGGCUAAUUUUCCUAAGACAGGUGACGAGAUGCAGUAAUGGUCAUCCCUAAGCAAGGAGGUGCAAUUGCAUCCUACACUUGCUAUGAUGUGAGAAGCUAUUGCAAGGGUGCAAAUUUGCUUGCAAUUGAAAUUGGCCCACGAGUGGGGACUAUUGAUGAAAUUGCAAUGUUUUCUCAAAAUUAUAGAAGUGGAAGUAGGGGACUACCUAUGAAAUUGCAAAUGAAUUUCAUUGUGGGAGAUUUUAAUCCGCUUUUGUUCUAAGCAGUUCCAAUUAGGUCGAAGAAUGUGUUACUUAUUUAAUCUUCAUUUUUUAAUGGUUUUCGAAAAUUAUGGUUUUAUUUAUAUUUGGUCACAAGUAUAGUGACGAUGAUAGGCGUGAAUAGUAUGGAUAUGGCUUGAUUAUAAUGAUUUUUUAUCUAUGGUGAUUUUUCCCCCUUUUUCAUCAAGACUCAUGCUUCUUUUACCCCCUGUGAAUCUAUCAUGCUUCGUUUAUAGUAAAAUAUCCUUUUAAUUAUACACAAUAAAGAAUCCAUUAAUUAUGUAAGCCUUUUUAUUGUAUUUAAUACUACAGUGAAUUCUCUGACUAAAAGGGGAGUGAAAACAUCGUUGGUGGAAAUUCAAGGAAUGGAAGCCUUUCCAUAUCCUAGGAACAUUAAAUUAAUUACAUAAGAAUUUUCUAUCUGCCUUGUACGGGGUUUGGUCAUUAAUUAUACUGAUUGGGAGCCAAUCAGUUGUACCUUUUGGGUUACCUAUACAUGAAUGCAAAUUUUAUUAUACAAUUGGGAGCCAAUCAGUUUAACUAUACAUGAUCCCAAUUAAACCUCUCUACAAGAUACAAUGGCUUGAAGCCUUGAACAGAAGCAGCCUCACUCACAAGUUAGAAGCUGGAAUUUUGGUGAAGUCCCUUUGCCAUUUCCACGAAAAAACAAACCAAACCAAACCAAAUAUAGAAAGCAUUCACAAAGACCAAAAACCAAAUAUAGAAAGCAUUCACCAAACCAAAAACCAAACCAAACCAAACCAAAAACCAAACCAAAAACCAAACAUAAAAAGCAUUCACCAAACCAAACCAAAAACCAAAUAUAAAAAGCAUUCACCAAACCAAAUAUAAAAACCAAAAAUAAAAAGCAUUCACCGAACCAAAUAAAAAACGGUUGUCCAUCAUCCUGACAAAAAAAAAAAAAACAUAACUGUUGUCCAUCAUCUUGCAACGAAAAAUCAGGUUGUUCUUGGGCUCGUUGACUGGGUUUCCUUGUGCUCUUCUCUUUCCUUUUUCCUCCUUUCAUGGGUUUUCUUGUACUCUUCCACUGCAGCUUCAACUUGAGGUGCAACUCUUCUUGCUUCCGUGACCACCAUAUGCCUUAUGUAGUUCAUGGGCUCUCGAACAAGGUACAAAGCGAUCUGCAUCCUCCUCACUUGAGUGCAUGGCUAUCAACAUCAACAAACAUGGUGCUUACCGCAUGAUUCAAAAAUAACAAUCAAUUGUGGUUUUCUAAUAUGCGAAUUAGAAUUGUCUUUACCCAAAUAUAAGAGGAGUCCCAGCUUGCGCCAUACAUCCACAUGCAUACCCAGACUCCACUGUCAGACCUACAUAAAAUAAAAGCAUUGCGUGAUA